AUGGGCCCUGUUUGGCACCUCCUGUUGCUGCUCACGCCCCUCCUUUCAGCACAGGUUAGCAUAGUUUCUGAAUUGGGGACUACAGCCGAGUCAGAGGACCCAACGGCGUCCGUUGUGAGUUCUACAGGGGAGUUGGGCACCCCCUACAGCCCCGAUCCCUCAGGGUCGGUCACGACCCCCUCAGAAGCCCCAAAGGAGGACUGGACGUCGGCAGAGAUCUUUCUCUACAGCGGGGACUACUCCGUCUUGGGGAUAGUGGAGUGCGACCGGGCGUACAGUCUCACGGGUCAGAACGGCCCCCUGCCGCGAGGGUUCUAUGGCCCCCUCCGACAGUCCAUGGACGCCCUGGCCAACACGGCCAACUUCCUCAACAUGAUCUUCCAGGCCAGCGACCUGCGGGAGAGCAGUGUGCGAGAGGACAUGGAGUGGUACCACGCCAUGGUGCGCGCCCUUCUGGAGGCCGACCCCCUCAUCCGGCAGGCCCUCCUUACCUUUGACGCCGACCCAGCCUCCACCACCCCCCAGCUUGUGCUCCGCGCCUCCCGGAACCCUGCCCCCCCCAGGUACCAGAACAUCCUCCUCCAGGACCUCUCUAGCCAAUGGGAAAGUCUGCACCUCCCGGCCCCCGCACCCGACGACACCUGGUUCAGCAGUUUCAAGUUUCCCGCCUCCUCCAACCAGCCCACCUCGACCCUAUCUAAAAGAGUCCUCCUCAAUGACCUCAGCACCCUGGACACGCCCAAAUGGGGGCGGGGCGAUAGCUACGUGACCAAUCGCAGCGGGGUGCGCUGGGCCAAUGGGCCAUUCCUAGAGUGUGAGGACGGCCGCUUCCUGCCGGGCUGGCUGCUCACCCUAUCCACUUCCUUCUACGGCCUGAAGCCCGACCUCAGCCCUGAGUUUAGGGGUGUAAUCCGUGUGGAUGUAAACGUACAGGGCUUUGAUGUGAACCAAUGUGACACGGGGGACGCUUGGUUUGCCAACACACACCAGUGCAACCGCACCACCAUGGAGUGUGAGCCAAUCACAGGCCAGGGAUUCAGAUUGGGCCAGUACUGCUGUCGCUGCAAAGAGGGAUACUACAGCCCCCCAAUGGACGAAGGUGGUGCUCUGAACGACAGCGGUGGGGAGGGGGGUGGCGUGUGUUACCCGGCCCUGCCCAUCUGUCUCCCCUGUUGGCCGGGCUGCAGGCGUUGCGAGGACGGCACCCCCUGUUGGGUAGAGGAGGACUGGUUCCUCAGAGCCGGGGUGCUGGCCGUCCAGGGCUUCUUCAUGCUGCUGGUGUUCAUCAGCAUGCUGGUGGCCUACCAGUUCAGACGCAGCAGGAGGAUCCGGGCAUCAGGUCUCCUGCUGUUAGAGACCAUCCUGUUUGGUUCUCUGCUCCUGUACUUCCCGGUUUUCAUCCUGUACUUCAAGCCCAGCACCUUCCGAUGCAUCCUGCUUCGCUGGGUGCGACUUCUGGGCUUUGCCAUAGUCUAUGGAACGGUAACACUGAAGAUAUAUAGGGUUCUCAAGGUGUUCCUGUCGCGCACAGCCCAGAGAGUGCCCUACAUGUCCAGCAUACACCUGCUGAGGUUGCUGGGAGUCAUGGUUGUGACCGUCAGCUGGUUCCUGUGUGCGUGGACCGCGGGCGUUCUACAGAACCGUGACCGUAACGUUCCAUUACUGAUCAUAUCGACCACGUCGGAUGGUCAGGGCUUCAGCCUCUGUGACCUGGACCGCUGGGACUACAUGAUGGCCGUGGCCGAGCUGAUGUUUCUGUGCUGGGGCAGUUUACUGUGCAGUGCUGUGAAGCCCGUGCCCUCAGCCUUCCACGAGCCUCGCUACAUAGGUAUCGCCAUACACAACGAGCUGCUGCUAUCCUCCAUGUUCCACCUGCUACGGUUUGUCAUGCCCUCUCUGCAUCCUGACUGGAUGCUGUUGCUGUUCUUCACCCAUACGCACGUCACUAUCACUGUGACACUCGCCCUGCUCUUCAUACCCAAGUUCCUCUAUGUUUCGAGGGCGGGGAGAGAGGAGAUUGCAGAGGAGGUUUAUGAGGAUGAGGUGGAAUUGCGGCGAUCCGGCUCGUACCUCAACAGCAGUUUUACCUCAGCAGUUUGGAGUGACCACAGCUUGGACCCCGAUGACAUUCGGGAUGAGCUGAAGAAAUUGUAUGGUCAAUUGGAGGUCCACAAGACCAAGAAGAUGACAGCAAACAACCCCCACCUGCAGAAGAAGCGCAGCUCUCGGCGCGGGCUGGGCCGGUCCAUCAUAAAGCGUAUCACUGAGAUCCCAGAGUCCAUGAGUCGACAGUGCAGCCGUGAUGGCAAAGAGGUCAACUUGGGCAGCAGGGAUGUUACGCACACCGAGUCCAGUAAGAGAGCGCCAGAUACUUUUAGCGUAAAUUACAAAGAUCAACCAGUAAAGCAGUCUUCACCAGUGCUGCGUAAAUCUCAAAGUGACUAUGACUAUGUAACCGAUAAAGACCCCUCUUUGCACGACUCCAUGUUAAGGGCGAAUCUAGCUAAGAGAUGCUCACAGCGCUCUGAGACAGACUCGCUAUAUAUGGCACCAUUGGUCUGUAAGUCGGCCAGUGCCCAAAACCUUACAGUUGAUAACAAUCUCCUGCUUCCUGGACCUACCAAGCUACACAAGUCACUGAGUUUAGCGUCCAGUAAAGCCCACAGUCUGGAAGACACCUCUCGGGUAGGCAGAGAUACCCAAAGCGAGCAAGGGCAGUCCCAACAGGAUGUAGCUAUCAAGGAACAGACCUCAAGUGCCCUUGUGCAAUCCCAGUCCUAUGACAAGGCCGAAGUGUGUCCCUGGGAGCUUGCGGAGGAACGCCCUGCCAAUAAGAACCAGCCACACGUUACCUUUGCUCCCUCUGAGGAAGAACCACAGAGCCCAGAGAGUUUAUCAUCACCAAUACUGAAACAUAUUUGCCCCUGGGACCAUUUACCAGUUCCUACCCCAGCAGAAAGUCCUGCUGGGGAUUCACAAGGCGGAGAGGCAGAAUGUGAGUCCCCGAGACCACAGGCUCCCAUCUCCGCUAGUGUACCUGGGUCCCCAAAGGACAUGCGGGUCUUCUCCUUCCGCACUUCCACCCAGAAAUGGCUCUCUGUGAAAUCUUUCGUAGGAUCUGUGGAUGCAAGCAUCAAGGAAAAAUCCAAAAAGGAGACAGCAGGAGAUACGCAAGCCCCACAGAGACAACAAAGCACCAUAGCAGACAUCUGCCCGUGGGAGGUGGAGGAACCAGAGGAGGAUCCAAAGGCGCCUGCACGUCUGAAGAGUCAGAAAAGACUAAAAGCCAGGACAGCACUAAGGCAGAUGUUUGUGUAUGGGAAACUGGUCCAGCUGAAGAGUCAGAAAAGACUAAAAGCCAGGACAGCACUAAGGCAGACAUUUGUCCAUGGGAAGCUGGUCCAGCUGAAGAGCCAGAAAAGACUAAAAGCCAGGACAGCGCUAAGGCAGACAUUUGUCCAUGGGAAGCUGGUCCAGCUGAAGAGCCAGAAAAGACUAAAAGCCAGGACAGCGCUAAGGCAGACAUUUGUCCAUGGGAAACUGGUCCAGCUGAAGAGCCAGAAAAGACUAAAAGCCAGGACAGCGCUAAGGCAGACAUUUGUCCAUGGGAAACUGGUCCAGCUGAAGAGCCAGAAAAGACUAAAAGCCUGGACAGCACCAAGGCAGACAUUUGUCCAUGGGAAGCUGGUCCAGCUGAAGAGUCAGAAAAGACUAAAAGCCAGGACAGCACUAAGGCAGACAUUUGUCCAUGGGAAACUGGUCCAGCUGAAGAGUCAGAAAAAACUAAAAGCCAGGACAGCACCAAGGCAGACAUUUGUCCAUGGGAAACUGGUCCAGCUGAAGUCUCAGAAAAGACUAAAAGCCUGGACAGCACCAAGGCAGACAUUUGUCCAUGGGAAACUGGUCCAGCUGAAGAGCCAGAAAAGACUAAAAGCCAGGACAGCACUAAGGCAGACAUUUGUCCAUGGGAAACUGGUCCAGCUGAAGAAAAAGUCUGCAGAGAAAGAGGAAACUAGGAUUGCCAGUGGCAUACAGGACGUCACAGAGACCCAGGGUGCACUCUCUAUGGAGGGUGACGCUGCAGAACCUGUAGCCGGCAGCACGCAUACGGCAGAGGCAGCCAAAGCUAACAUGCCCCUGGCUCGGCGUGACGCUAUGUGCCCUUGGGAGAUGGAAGGGACCAAACCACCAUCAUCCCCAUCAUCCAUCACAGAACACGACAAUAACUCUGACGUUUUUACAUGGGAGCCUGAAAACAUUCUUGAAGAGGAAGAGGAGGAAGACGAUGCCGAGAGUGCUGCUGAAGCCUUCGUCUUCCCAUCCGACUUCUAA